CAUUUUUGAUGAGUAAUUUUGAGCAAGCAGUAACUGCAGUCCUAUGAUCAGCUCUAAACUUAUCUGUAGUAAAUGAGUAGCAUAUUCUGCGUUUGAUUGUUUUCUAUCAUAGCUCUGUAGUGUAUGGGAAGAAGAAUACAAACCAUUAUUUUAAUUAACAUAAAACUAUACAUACUCACCAUCUCUUUCAAUUUAUAGUGGUGAAAAUGGAGGCGUCUUAUCAAGGAGGUGUGUCAUACGAUGAGAAUGGAGAUAACUUUCAACGACUUUCUCAAACUAUCGCCAGUAAUAUUAAGAAAAUAUCCCAAAAUGUAUCCUCAAUGUCAAAGAUGGUCAAUCAGUUACAAACACCUCAAGACUCCCAAGAGCUUAGGGCUCAGUUACGCCAAAUACAAAAUUACACUCAGAAGCUGGCAAAGGACACUUCCUCUUUGUUAAUGGAGUUGAUGAGAAUGCCUAAAGAUAACGCUGCCAACAAACUUACCAGAGAACGACUCAGUGAUGAGUAUAUUGCCACUCUUAAUAGUUUCCAGGCAACACAACGACUCGUUGCGCAAAAGACAAAAGAAGAUGUGAAAAAAGCAAAGGCUCAGUCUAUAAAUAUUGGGGAUCCUUUCGCUAUGGGGAACAGUAACAAAGAUUUGGUAGAGAUGACCGAGACAGAUGUCCGUAAGCAGGAGCAAAUGAAUAUGCAAGCUGAACGUUCUCUCGUCGAAUUGGAGGAACGCGAAAGAGAUAUUCGGCAACUUGAGAGUGACAUACUAACCGUUAACGACAUCUUCAAAGAGCUGAGUACAAUGAUACACGCUCAAGGCGAAGUUGUGGACUCCAUCGAGUCUAGUGUUGAAUACACGGCACAGAACGUCGAGAGCGCCACACAGCAACUCCGGGAGGCUGGGAAUUACAAAAACAAACUGAGGAAGAAGAAAGUCUACUUGGCGAUAAUAUUGAUCAUUGUGGUGUCAAUAAUCUUGAUCGUUUUGUUCCACAACUAAACACAGCUUCGAGAUGAUAUCGUUGCUUUUGAAAAACGUAAAUGUCUUUUAAAAUAAAUAAAUAUACGUGGAUUAAAAUAAAUAAUGACAUGUUUUGUACUAUUUUCUAAUAUACAGUUGUAAUGUGAAUUGUGAUACACAAUAGAAAAUACAGAAUUAUUCGCAAUCCAUCAUGUAGAAGGAUUGACACUAAGUAAGAACACAAAACAAUUCCGUAGGUUUAGUUUAUAAUUUGUUUUCGAUGUGUCGUAUAUGUAAUACCUUUUUUUUUUAAUGACCAAUAAUGUGUAGACUAUAUUAAAAAAAUUCGGACUGUUCCUUUAACGUUUGCUACAACAAAAAUGAAUUUGCAAAAAAUACUACGUACAAAAAACUUAUGUUCGUUAAUAUACACAAGGGAUUAUUAAUUGCUUUUUAUUAUAAUAAAUAAAUAGCAAAACUGGUAGCAGCGUUUUGAAGACAUCUCGAUAUAGAAAGUAUAAUAUCAUGUAAAAUAGAUAUUUACGUCAUUUGAAAGCAGCUUCGAUUUUUGUACAUUAUUUAGCCACCAGCGUUCUGCUGUUAUUGUAUAUAUACGAUCAUUUAGUCAUAAACUUUAUUAAUAUAUUAUUAUCACUUACGUAACAUGCAUAGCAUAUUCAUUACGUGGCUGCAGUUAAACUCAGGUCUUUUCUAAGGUGCGUAAUGACCGUGACCAAAAGGGGGGGGGGGACUAUACGCGAAACUUUGUAGAUGAGGAUGAUGAUCAUGAUCUAACGACUGGACCUUGUUUACGAUAUGCUUUAUACGUAUACGGAGAAAAGUUUCAAUAGCAUCAAAACGGCAAACAUGACCAUUUAACAAAUAACCAUAUAAUGUCCAUAUUUUAAUGCCAUUUUCCGUUAUGAGGUUUUCACUAGUCGUAGAAUGGAACACUUUCCACCUACUAAGCAGACAGACGUGAUCACGAGAGUUAUAAAGUUUUCCGAAUAGAUUGUAACUUGGUAUGUUUACUCAGAAUUGAGGGUUUUAAGAAAAUCCAAUUUCUUUCGUUAUUGUAGAUCACUAGCUUGUUGGUUUUUUUUCCUACGUAUUCUGGUAACUUCGAGGGGUUAUACUAUAGAUUCUACGAAAUUAGUAGGUGAGCUCACGGAGCUCUAACCUGACGACGUUGCUAACACUAACCCCUUACAAGAGCAGUGCUUCACAGAAUCUACCACCGGAUCGAAAUCGCGAUCCACUAAGAAGAUUCGACGAGAAACUCAGUGGGCUGGUGUUCUAUUCUACAUUGAGAAAUACAUGUUGUUUUUGACAACGCCAUUUGGCUCAUCGUAUCCCCCCUGGAUACACACCCCUGGAAAGACCUCAGUUUAGCUGUAAGACUGAAGUUAAUAUUAGUUCUAAGCAGUUUACUCUUAAGGUGCUUCUGCAAAGAUUGGAUUGUGUUAGGAUCGGUCCCGUUUUCAAAAUAUCCUAAGCGAAUAGAAAAUAACAGGAGGAUAUAUAUAACGCUUCAAAAUAAAUAUAAUAUCAGUGUGAUUCAUAAAACAAAAACAAAAAAUGACUUUGAUUUGAAGAAUUUAAAGUACAAGUUUUGUUUUUAGAAUUUAUAUUAUUCUUAAAUUGGCUGGGUUAUAAUAAUAUAAUAUCUAUUGUUUAUGGAACGAGGUUAAGCCGAGCCAGUGGCCGACGAUUUAUCAUCGUAAUUAUAUUAUUAUUAUUUGAAUAAAAUGUUAAAUAAAUAAUAUAUGAUUGAUCUAAAUAAAGACGUGGAAGCAUCUCAAGAUGAUUGAUUGAUUAUAAUUUAAAAUUAAUUGAGAAAUUGUAAAAUUAAUAAUGAAUUGUUCAUCACGUAAUAAUAUCUUUGCUGUGGUGCAUUAAAAAUAUUUAAACUAGUGAAUUGUUUAUAUUGUUUUGCCAUUAAAAUGGUUUUCAAGCGUCGCAUUUGUCGUCAGCUACCUAAACAUGAAUAUUUAAAAUAAUUUUUUCUGUAUAUUUUGUUCGGACAUGGAUAUUAUAUAAAUAUACCUAAAAAAAAUUAAGCUACCUAGUAAUUUGUAAGUCAUGAGAAUAAAAUAAGAUUUAAUCAUAGUAAAACAGAUUGGUGGCGAUUUCAUGAUCACAAACACCCGAUGGACACUUGUAAAGUUGACAACAAUAAAACAUAGGUAGGUACAGAGAAUAAAGGUUAGGGCUGCUAUUGCGAAGACAUUAAAAUAUGUAUGUACGUCUUCACUGAAGGAUAUUCACGAAAGAGCAUCAUAUUACGAAGCGAGGUCAUUAAACUAUUUUAAUAUAAUUUAUUGAAUUCUUGAUUUACGUAUUGAAUUUCCGGAUAUAUAAAUUUAUAUACAUACACCAUUGCAUACCAAUUUUGUGUCCGGUGACAGACCCCGCAGCGUGUCCUAUCCGCCUUUGAUUAGAGUCCUCCAUCGGCUGCAUAAGUGAGACGUUUGCUUACAAGAUGUAACAAGAGAGAGUGAGAAAGAAAGAGAGACAACAUCAAAGAGAAGUUCCAUACAUUUGACAAUAUUUACUCGAGUCAGAUUUUUAAGAAAUGUUUCUAAUAUGUAUAUCGCUACGGGUAAAUUCGUUUGGCUAUUAACAAUAUUAGUCAUGGCUGAUCCACUUUCUUGAUCUUAUCCCUGCACUUAACCAAAUCUUGAAUGUACAUCGUAAUAGUUUCCUUUCAAGUUCCUACAUCAUUAUGACUUUAUAUUUCCUAUUUUCUCUCUUCGGUUUGAAAAAUCAUAUUUUACGAAACGUUAGCAAUGAUGUUCUUUAUAAAUUGUACGAUUAUCAUACGAAGAUUAUCAUUAUCAUACGAAGUAUUCAUAUUAUGUAAUAAAUUGGUUUUUUUUUUUUAGUUAUAGUUUAUAUAUUUAGUUAUAUGUAUAUUGAAUGUUAUUUAAACAUUUUAUUCAUGCAGACAAAAAAAACUUAUAUUGCGGUAUGAAAAUCGUUAUAUUAAUAUAAUUAUAAUAUAAAAAAGGUUUUUGACUAUUUGUGUGUUCUGUUUCGUUUUGAUGGUUGUUGUGUUGAUUAUAGAUAUGUGUCGUUCGCGAACGAACGAGUCAAACGACCCGGGUCUCAAAUUCCGCGCGAACGAUAGGGUAACUUUAAAAAAUAUGAGUCGUUCACUAAAUCGACUCGUUUAACACAAAACCUACGAAUCAGAAGAAAAGAACCAUACGAGUACGACGGUCAUUCGGGUCAUUUCGGGUUGCCGCGUCUCGCCCCGCGCCCGUCUCGCUUAGUCGUUCGUUUGACUGAACGGGUCGUACGAACCGGAUCAUUUUGUCAACAGGUCAGUACUGAUCUGAAUCUCUAAAAUUGAACGAUCGACACAUAUCUAGUUGAUUAUGAAGACGAAAUAAUUGUUGUACUCUAAAUCAAUUAACUAUUGGGACCGGAAAUUGAUAACUUAAUAAUGACUAUACACUAUUCAAGACCGUUUGCUUCUAAAAUUGUAGACAGAGUAAGAGUAAAGUCGAGCUUCUGAUAUUGUGCAAAUAUGCCUUGAUUCUUGAAAAUUCGGAUAUUAUAUCAGUGAUAUUACAAAGCCACUAUUUACAAAUGGUUGAUUUCCUUAACUAUAUCUUCGAUAGUUCUGUUGGAUCGGUUGCGAAAUGUAAUUACGGAAAUUGUCACUUCGUCUGGCUUCGCAAUUUAUUUCGUCAAUGUUCAGUUGGAACAAUUGGAAUAACAGACUGCUGAGAUUUGAAAAUAUGCAUCUCGACUUGGUAUUCAUUAUUUGAAUUUCAAUCAAAUUAAACUAAAUGAACACUAUACUAUGUUAAAUAUAGCUUGAUAGGCGGUAUCGUUGGCAGUUUGCUGUAUUUCUAAACUUAGGUUAGGUUCUGUUCGAAUUUUGGAAAAAAUAUGAAAAUUAUAUUUUUUCAUUAAUCUGUAUUUAAAUUAAAUCUUUAAAAUUAUUUUAUAAAAGUUGUAUUUACUGAAUAAGAAACCAAAAUUUUCUCAUUUUUUGUAAUGGCCACUCAAACUUUACCACAUGAUUAAAGUUCCUUCCUGUGACAUCAUCUAGGGCCAAAGUGACGACCUCACGAAAUUAUGUGUUCCAUGCCGUAUCGUAUUAAAAGCAUCUCAAGCAUAUAAUAUACUCUAAAUAACGAUAACCAACAAAUGACAACAUUCGUGUGAUUGAUAUUAUAAAUUUAAUAGAAUUAAUAGGUUAAGUUUAAUGUUAUAAAUCAUAAAUUUUACACAAAAACAUACCUAGAUCCGAUGAUCGCUUAAAUUUGAUUAACAUUAUUUAUAAUUUUGACUUUGUUUUUUUGUAAUUGUGUUUGUAUAUUGAAGUUCUACAUAUAUACAAGUUAUCGUGGGACCUAUUUUCUAUAUAAUCGUUACUAUUUUUUUAUUAAUAAGCGUUAUCCAAAAUAAGAAAAAAACAUACAUGUACACUUGUUUGAUAUAUGAGUCUACUAUUAUCAAAGCCGGCAAUGUGACUUUUGGACAAUGAUUGGUAAAUCAGAAAAACGAAUUAUUGACUUUGUAUUCCAUUGGCAGUCACAAAACUCUUCUGAACGACAUCUUAGAUAAAUAACAGGUUAAGUUAAUACUUUAUUUAAUGCAGGUUUUGAACCGUAUUCUUUGAAGGAGACGAUUAUAUUCAAAUCAAUCUGUAUCGCCAUAUCAAUAACAUUUGAUAAUAGACGACUCAUAUAACAGUGAAAUGUUCAACGUUUAGUUAAGUUUUUUAUUGUUUCUUAUUGAACUAAGUCGAGCUUUCCUUCGAUGUUCAUUUGGCUUCCUCGUUUUGUUCAUUUUUGUUCUGAACAUUAACCAAAUAUUUUUUUCUUGAAGUACCCUUUGGCAUCACGUAGUUCUUUUGUUCAACGAAACGCUUAUAAAUAAUAAAGGUUUGAAUUAUGGAAAUUAAAAGUAUUAAUGAAUCCAGUGCCAGGAAGCUGUUGGAUCGUGACCCUUGUAUUGAUGUCGUCCAUUAUUAUCAUUAACUACGAAAGUUCACUUCGACCACGGAAUUCUACAGUGAGCUUAGUGCGAGUUUUUUAACGUUCUCGAUAGCGUAAAAGUUAGCUCAUAUUUGUAUGGAAUGGGAUCGUUUGUCUACGUUCGCCGCUAGGGGCGCUGUUCCAACUGCACACAAAAUUGGGUUAACUUUUACGCUAUCGUGAACGUUAAAAAACUCGCACUAAGCGCACUGUUCAAACCGGGCCUUCUUUUCUAGCUGAUCUUUGACCCGAUCGCUACCAAACUUCACAGGGUCACCGAUUGGGUUGUGAAGAUUUACUGAAAUUUUCAUAUAAAUUCGGUCCGGUCUUUUUAGAGUUAUAUACGGAACGUACAUACAUCGAUUUUUAUACAUAUCGACGCUUGAAAGGCAAACGUGACUAAGUGACAAUAACUGGUUUGUACAUAAAUGAUAGGCAAUAACCAUAUUCAAUGCGCAAAAAAUAUAUAUUUCUAGGUCUAUUAAAAUCAUUUCAAUCCUACAGCUAGAUUCGUUGAAAUAAAUUUUGUUUUCAGGUAUUUCAACUUUAAAUUGGUCUACUGUAAAGCUCACGCAUUGUCGCUUAGUCACGUUUGCCUUUCAAGCGUCGAUAUAGAGAUGUGAUGGCGAAGUAUCUAUAUUCCGGGUCUUUAUUCGUUGGCAUUAUGUUUGAAGCUUUCAAUUCAAAUAAAAAAUAAAAUUAGAUUCUGGAAAUUCUUAGAAAAACUUAAUUUGAUGCUGUAUUCAUUUUUUUACAUAAUAUCGUUUGUGUAUUUUUCUUGUGAUGUCAACAUAUAUUCCUAGUUAAAUAAACUGGAUUCAUUGUUAUUAAACACGUAAGUAGAUGUUUAUUUAAACGUUAGGGUUAUAAUUCAUCAUCCAUUAUAGGUUAAUGUUCGUUACAUAGGUAACAAUGUUUAACGUUUUGCAUUUUAAGGUGGAUAUACACGCACAGCCUGAAGCAGCGGCAGUCGACUGCAUUGUUGUUGUGUUUGCUGAUUCAGUCUGAGUGCUCAAGCUGCCCGUGUAUGUCCGCCCUUAGCUAGCGAUUGAAAUAGUACACCUACAACACCCAGUAUUAUUAUGCGUUACGGGUAUAAACACACACACUAACACAUGUAUGUAUAGUAUUUACUUCCGUUUACAGGUUCAAAUUUUAAUGUUCGACAAAAUAAAUCGACAGAUGAAAGGCUGUUUGAUUUAAGCGACAUUUUAGCAACUUUACAGGAGAGCCAUUUAAAGUUAAAAAAUUGGAAUAAAUAAAUAAAUAAUAAUCAUAACAAAAAAAAACGUCUUCAGCUAUUUGAAUGCAGUAAACUUAAUUGAAGUUCAAUUAAAAACAUGGAAUUGUUGAUACUAAUCUAUACUAAUAUAUAAAUCUACAGUGGUUUUUACGGAUGUUCCGUUAUAACUACUGAACCAUGCAUCCGAUUGACAUGAAACUUGGUAUCCACGUAGAAAAUACAUGCACUUAAUGGAUAGGCUAAUAUUUAUAUGAGUGUUGGACUCUCUAAUAAUAAUGACAAUAAAUAAUAAUGUUAAUUUUAAAUGUCAAGCGAAGCCGGCGAGUACGGAUAGUAUCAAAUAAAACGGACCUUUAAUUGUAAAGAUAAAAGAAUUGUCGCUUAAACCAAAUAGCCUUUCACCUCUCGAAAUGUUUAUGAUUUGUGAUUAGUCGGAAAACGAAUACGGUUUUAAGAAAAGAAAUAGUAAACGCGGCAUAUUUCUAAGUAGUGUUUGUGAUCGUUCGCUUGAGCCAAUCAUAUAUACUGUGUUACUGUAAUUUGUUUAAGUAAUAAAGAAAUAAUAAAGUAACAAUCCAAAUAUUAUUAGCUGGUUUGUCUACUAUCAUUUGAGCAACAUUGAUUGCUGAAACUCUCGGUGAUCUCGUCGGGACCAUCAAUUUCAUGCUAAGUAUUCCCAAUGUUUUCCUUUUCAAGUAUCUGUGUGCUUAGUGCGAGAUUUUUAACGUUCUCGAUAGCGACAAAGUUAACUCAACUUUGUAUGCAGUUGGAACAGCGCCCCUAGCGGCAAACGUAGGCAAACGAUCCCAUUUCAUACAAAUAUGAGCUAACUUUUACGCUAUCGAGAACGUUAAAAAACUCGCAGUAAGCACACUGUAUGUGAAAUGCAAUUCCAUUUUAUUAUAGAAUUGCAUCAUUUAAUGUAUUGUGUCAGAAAUUUAUACGGAGAAUUUUGUAAAUUAAGUUUACAGUUUCAUUUUAGUUCAUUUUGAUUUCAAGGAAUGGAAAUAUGUUGUAAAAUAAAAACCAAAAUACAAAACCUGGAAAAAAUAGAACUGGUUAGGUGUUCGAUUUUCCAAAAAUUUAAAUUCAGAUUAUAACGAAAAAAAAAUUGUGUUUAGUACUAAACGUAUUAUUUAUUUAUUUCUUAAAAUGUAGUUUUGUAUUUUUUUUUUAUUAUUCUAUGUACUAAUUACGUUAAGCCAUUUUUUUCUUUCUUAAUUCGGUAAAUUAAUCUGAUGGAGAUAAAAAAACGACCGUAAAAAAAUGAAAAGCUUACAAAAUUGUUGAUUAUAACGAUGUAUUUUACAAGUUCGCCAUUUUGUACUUGAAAUUCAAUGUUAAUUAUAAUGUGUAUUAAGGACUUAAUUAUGUAAACAUUCGAUCGGUGUCUGUAGAAUCGAUAUAUAAUAAACAAUUACAGGCUAUAGUGUUUAUUUAUUUUCAGUUAUGUAUAUUAUGUAACCACAUAUUUGAUCAUCUACGUUGACUAUGACAUCUAAAUUAUAGACUCUGUAGAGUAAUUGUGCUGAUUGUUUGUAGGUGAGUAUCGAAAAUUGUUUUUAUGAUCUAUUUAUAAUUAAGUGCUUCUUUAAACAGCAAAUUGAAGCCUUUAUGUAUUGGAAUAGUACUAUUUUUUGUUCAUAUUUGGAGAUUGACAUUUUAAAAGGAAUAUUGUUGUGCCCGAUUGUAGGUGUGUGUACCUACAGCCACUUGUAGCGUUUUCACUCACUCAUUGAUUUAGUCUAAAUCUAUCUAGUAAAAAGCCCGCGAAACCAACGUAAAAUUACACUCAUCUAAUUCUAAAAUGUUUAAUAGUUCUAAUUCUCUAUCUCUAAUCUAACAUUUCUAAUCUAAUUCUAAAAUGUUGUUACAUACUUAGUCUGGCCAUAAAUACUGUUACAAUUAAAAAUAAACAAAACAUUACAUUUGAAUUUGGAAUCUGUCAUUUUUAUAUGAUUGCUCAUUGAGUUUUCUCAUUGUCGCGCCAAUACAUUGUACAAUAUUUUGCGAUGUUAAAAUGGAGUGGGGUAAUAAAGAGAACCGAAUCGCUGUGAUUGCAUUACACAAAGUAGGUAUGGAGCCAAAUGCAAUUUUUAAACCUCUCCAUAAAUCGUCGUGGCCUAAAAGAUAAGACGUCCGGUGCAUUCGUGUUGAGCGACGCACCGGUGUUCUAAUCUCAGGUGGGUACCAAUUUUUCUAAUGAAAUAUGUACUCAACAAAUGUUCACGAUUAACUUCCACGGUGAAGGAAUAACUUCGUGUAAUAAAAAUCAAACCCGCAAAAUUAUAAUUUGCGUAAUUACUGGUGGUAGGACCUCUUGAGAGUCCGUGCGGGUAGGUACCACCGCACUGCCUAUUUCUGCCGUGAAGCAGUAAUGCGUUUCGGUUUGAAGGUUGGGGCAGCCGUUGUAACUAUACUGACUACUGAGACCUCAGAACUUUGUAUCUCAAGGUGGGUGGCGCAUUUACGUUGUAGAUGUCUGUGGGCUCCAGUAACCACUUAACACCAGGUGGGCUGUGAGCUCGUCCAUCCAGCUAAGCAAUAAAAAAAAAAGUUGAGUUCUAUUUUUAUUAUUAUCACUAACACUUUUAUCGGUCGUAGUAAUGAAGAUUUUUAAAUAUCCGACAGAUGAGUGAUCGUCUUUUUACAUUUAUUUACGUUUUAAAUAAACCAUAUAUGCUUCUGAUUUCUAUCAGCUGCGGGUUGCUUCCACUCGCGAUUAAAUUAUUUUUUCCAUACACACCCAUUUAAUUGUCUAUUAAAAUUUAUGGAGCGUAUUUAACAGGAGAAAGGGAAAAUAAAUUAGAUACCAUUUUAAUACACACCAAUAUAAUGUUGAGAGAACAGGUUAAAUGUUAGAAUAUAGUACUAAUAUGAAUAAACAUUGAAUACUAAAUAUAUGCAAAAGUUAUGAAGCAAAAAUAACUACUAAGAUCAAUUAGAUUUCAAUCAAAUCUAUUCUACAUUAUCACUUUAGUUUUUAAUCCCAAUGAAAAUAUCAAUGGUACAUGUAAUCCGUUUCCUGAAUAUAAUCCCACAUCCAUAUCUUAAUGCCUAAUAUUAUUAUGAGUUCAAUAUGAAACUAAUCUACAAGGUUAUUAAGCUUAAUGAAUUUAAGUCGAAGUAGAAUUAAUGGAGACUUGCACCGCAAAACUGGAACUUUUAUGUAUUGGCUGGAUUCGCCUAAGAUGUAGGUCGGUGACUGGUACGAUGGUUCCAGUGCGUCUCCGCCAGAGCCUCGUUCGCUAAUCGGCAGGGUGCACCGCGUGCAGGAGAGGUUGGCUUUGGCUCAAAAGGUCUAGGUAGAGCCACUUACACCCC